UUUCUGACGUUUCCUUUUGAUCCGGGUCCGAUGGUUUUGGCUGUGCCCUGUUUCCGUCGUUCCUUCCUUCCUAACCUAGCUGAGUACCGUCCUCCAUCUGCCUAUCUAUCAAGCACGGUUUUUGUUAGAUUGAGUGGUUGAAAUUUGCAACGCUUUGUGCACAAGAGAGGUGAUUUUUUAAUUGAACAAAAUGGCAACGCGAGGGCAAUCGAGGAGGAUACCGGAGACGGAGUCCCGGAUAGAUUACGUUCAGACCGACGGUUUGGCAGUGAUGAAAAUGGUGAAACACUGUCAUGAAGAAUCCACGAGCAACAUGGAAGUCGCUCAGGGUGCUCUGCUUGGUUUGGUUGUCAACAAUCGGCUGGAGAUCACCAACUGCUUUCCGUUUCCCAAGAACGAUGAAACCAUGGAUGAAGAGGAAUAUCAACUUGCCAUGAUGCGCAGGCUGCGUAGAGUGAACGUCGACCACUUUCACGUCGGUUGGUACCAGAGCGCUGACGUUGGAAACUUUCUGAGCCAUCCUCUGUUGGAAUCGCAGUUUCACUAUCAGACAUCCAUCGAAGAGUCAGUGGUGGUUAUUUACGACACGGCCAAGUCUGCUAGGGGCUUUUUGACACUAAAGGCUUAUCGCUUGACUCCACAAGCGAUCCAAAUGUACAAGGAAGGAGAAUUUACGCCCGAUGCGCUGCGCACGUUAAAAAUUGGCUACGAAUCUCUAUUCGUCGAAGUGCCGAUUGUCAUAAAGAACAGCAAUCUUACAAACAUCAUGAUGUCUGAACUAGAGGAAAUGAUUCCCGAAGAAGAAGGAACCAAGUAUCUUGACCUCGGUACCGCUACGGUCCUGGAAAACCAGCUGAGGUGCUUGAUGGACAGAGUAGAUGAGCUGAACCAAGAAGCUAUUAAGUUCAACCGUCAUCAGCAUUUGGUUAUUCGUCAGCAACAAGACAAGAAUCGUUUGAUGCAAAAGCGAGCACAGGAGAACGCAGCCAGGGCUGCUAAGGACGAGGCGCCUCUACCCGAUGACGAUAUCAACAAGCUGCUCAGGCCGUUGCCUGUUCCCCCCAGGCUGAACCCCAUGAUCGUUGCUGGACAGAUAAACACCUAUAGUCAGCACAUAUCGCAGUUCUGUUCUCAAAGUUUGGCAAAGUUGUACAUCACCCAGAGUCUACAGAAUGCCAAGGAAUCCAAGUCUACCAAUUAAUCUGUAGUUUAUUGUGCAGAGACUUGUUGUAUUCCAUCGAAAACAAUAAAACUGUUUUCCUUUCAAA